AUGGAUCUCAUCGAUGAUCGGGCAAUUCUCGAUGACGAAGAGGAGGACGAAUCCUUCGAUGAAGAAACUGGUGAAGCAAGACCGAAGUCGAAUGGCGCGAACGGCCGAUUUGACGAUUCCUCCGACGAAGACGAGGAGGACGAAGAUGAAGAGGCGGCAGCGGAGAUUGCCAAAGACUUCAUUGUUGACGAGGAUGAAGACGACGAAGAAGCGCGCCGAGAACGAAAACGAGAACGGAAGAAGCGCCGCCGGGAAGAGCGUGAAGACGAAGAUCUCGAUGAAGAGGAUUUGGAGCUGAUCGGGAUGAAGCCCACCGAGGAGACGACCGAAUCAAAAUUCAAAAGACUCAAACGGGGACCCCGUGAAGACCGUGAUGCACAACAACAUUACGGCGUCAAUGAUAUCUUUGGUCAUUCCGAUGAGGAAGAGGAGGCGGCCGACUAUAGUCGGCGGAGUCGCCAGGACCGAAGAGGGCUGCAGGACGAGUUUGACGACUUCAUAGAAGAGGACAUCUUCUCCGAUGAAGAGCAACAACGGCAACGUGAAGACGAAGAAGUGGCCAGACACAACCGGCGGGGAAUCGCGGAGCUAGGUAUCGCAGAUGCAGCUGGCCUUGACGAACAGGCUCUGGAAGAUUUCCGCGCUGCGUUUGGUGAUGGAACCGACUACGACUUUGCUCUAGAAAAGGAGGAAGAGGCCGACGAGGAAGAGGCCAAAAAAGACAAGAAUCUUCAUCUCAGAGACGUCUUCGAGCCCUCGCAGCUGGCGGAGAAGCUUCUCACCGACGAGGACAAUGAAAUUCGAUUCACCGACAUUCCCGAACGGCACCAACUGGCUCGGAGACCAUAUCGCGACCUUGAACUGAACGAAGAGGAGGUCAAAGAAGAAGCAGCGUGGAUAGCCAACCUGCUCCUACCCUCGAAAGGGCACGACGUUGCUUACGAGGAACCGUUCAGACGGGCAGUCGCAGAUAAUUUGGACUUGAUGACCCGGCAGGAUUUCGAACCCCCGUUUAUUUACAUGCAUCGAAAGGAUUAUCUGUUGUUUCCUCAGACCAAGGUGGUCGGCGUUCAGGAAGAUGGAACUCCCAAGGUCAUUGAUGACACCGUCAAACUCCUCAACCAGAAAGACCUAUGGCGGAUAUUGGAGCUCGAUCUCAAAUAUCGAGCUCUUAUCGAGAGGAAAAGAGCCCUUCAGAAGACCUACGAAGAUUUGAAAUCGACCAAUGUGCCCGAAGACCUGACGUUCGAACAACUCCUUCCCCGAGCUGCUUCGAUGGAAGAUCUUCAGGAUUUACAGGAUUAUCUAUACUUCGAGUACGCCUCGCAGCUCAAGGAUUUGGCCCUGACCUCGAAUGGCGAGAGCAACGGUGUGAAUAUGUCCCAGAAGAAAGCAUCCACGAGGAGUGUUUACGAGGAAAUUCGUGCUUCCAAGGCCUUCGGUCUCGUUCGUGCCUUCGGUAUAACUGCGGACGCGUUUGCACGAAAUGUCACCAGAGAGGGAGUUCGAACGUACACAGAAGAUCCCUCUGACAGCCCCGAGAACCUUGCUGAUACCAUGGUCGACGAAGAGUUCCCUACUAGCGCCAGAGUGCUCAAGGCCGCGAAAGCAAUGUUUAUCGAACAGCUCGUCACCAGCCCACGGUUCCGACGUCUUAUCAGAGAGAGAAUCUUUCCCCAGGGGGUUAUUGACUGCCAUCGUACCGAAAAGGGCCUUCGCAAGAUCGACGAACAACAUCCAUAUUAUGAGUUCAAAUACCUCCGAAAUCAGAAGUGCAUCUAUUUUAGUGAACGACCUGAACUGUUUCUCAAGAUGUUAAGAGCCGAGGAAGAAGGCUUGAUCGAGAUCCGAGUUCGACUGCCAGGGUUGGAUUCCUUUAAGAAAGAACUCAACAAGCACAUCGAAACGGACAACUAUUCUACCGUGGCAGAUGCAUGGAAUCAGGAGCGUCGCGAAGCCGUAUCGAUUACUGUCGACAAGAUCAUGAAGCUGAUGGCUCGAUCAGUCAAAGAAAAUCUCAAGGACCAAUGCGAGGCAACCAUUGGGAAUGACUGCCGCGAUGAAUUCUAUGCGAAGCUUGAUCAAGCUCCCUGGAAACCAAGAGGGUUGGCUAAGGGCACUACUCCGCGCGUUUUGGCCAUGACUAACGGUGGCGGGACGAUUGGCCGGGAUCCCAUUCACUGGGCUUAUGUCACUGAUGAGGGUAGAGUCAUUGAGCAUGGUCAGUUCAAGGACCUCGGCCCUGGUAACCGAGAACGUGGCAUCUCCGACGGCAAGGACGUUGAGGCACUAUUAGAAGUCGUUCGAAGGAGGGACCCCGAAGUUAUCGCGGUCUCGGGAUGGUGUCCUGACACUCGCAAACUGGUAGCAAACUUGACCACCUUGGUCAGCAACCAUGACCUUCGUGGCGCGACAUACACGGACGACGAUGAUCAAGAUCGAAGCGACCUUUUGGAUGUCAUUCUGGUCAACGACGAGGUGGCGCGCUUGUCAAAAUCGGGCGACCGCAUGAAAGCUGAUAACCCCGGGGUCCCCGAAAUGGCCCUCUACUGUGUUGGGCUAGCAAGAUACAUGCAAUCCCCCCUGAAAGAGUACGCCGCUCUGGGUCGGGACAUUGUAUCCAUCAACUUCCACCCAGCUCAGAACCUGUUGCCGCAAGACAAACUACUGAAGAAACUGGAAACUGCCCUUGUGGACACGGUCACCAUGACGGGCGUGAACAUCAAUGACGCCGUGACGGAUCCCGGGCUGGCAAAUCUGCUGCCCUACGUGGCCGGUCUCGGGCCUCGAAAAGCUUCGCAUCUGGUCAAGGUUAUCAAUCUUAACAAUGGCUUUGUCACAGCUCGCGAGGAUUUGCUAGGUCUCAACGAUAAACAUCAAGCUAUGGGCCCCAAAGUGUGGGCAAACGCGGCCUCUUUCUUGUACAUCGACUUCGACAUGUCAGAUCCAGACUCGGAAUAUCUGGACAACACACGUAUACAUCCCGAAGAUUAUGACAUUGCUCGAAAAAUGGCAGCCGAUGCACUUGAACUCGAUGAAGAAGAUAUUGAGGCCGAGAGACAGGAGGGGGGCUCGGGGGCGAUCGUUCGCCGACUGAUCCGGGAAGAGGCACAGGAACGAGUUCAUGACCUGGUUCUUGAAGAAUACGCCGCACAGCUGGAACAAAAUCUCAACUCCAAAAAGCGAAGCACACUGGAGAACAUCACCGCUGAACUCAACGAUCCCUACGAAGAAUUGAGAAAUCCAUUCCGGGUCAAUCUAGGGGAGUCGGAGAUCUUCACAAUGCUCACAGGCGAGACGAGGGAGUCCCUACAGAGAGGCAUGAAUGUUCCAAUGACGCUGAAGAGAAUCACGGAUGAUCACAUGGAGGGCAAACUCGAAUGCGGGCUGGAUGCAGUUGUCGAGGACCGUCAAUGGGCAGACCCUGCAUUGUCUCCAAAGCAGCUGUACAACAUUCACCAGACCAUUCAGGCUCACAUCACGUCGAUCAAUCGCAAGGAGUUUAUCGUCACUGUGAGUCUGAGAGACGAGCAGUUGAAAAAACCCUUCAGGCGAUACAAUCACAACGAUCGGAACUACGACGAGUGGGACGAGCGCGAAGAAAUUGCAGACAGGAAGCUGCUGGAAGAGAAGACAGAUUUGGGCGGUCGAGUGACCCGAGUAAUCAAGCACCCUCUAUUCAGGCCAUUCAACUCGAAACAAGCGGAAGAGUACUUGGGCAGCCAGAACCGUGGUGACGUUGUCAUUCGGCCAUCAUCCAAAGGCAACGAUCACUUGGCCGUGACCUGGAAGGUUGCGGACGGCAUCUUCCAACACAUUGACGUGCUGGAGCUGGACAAAGAGAACGAGUUCUCUCUUGGAAGGACUUUGAGGAUAGGUGGACGAUACAACUAUUCAGACUUGGAUGAGUUGAUUGUGCUGCACGUCAAGGCCAUGGCUCGAAAAGUGGACGAGAUGUGCAACAACGAGAAAUUCCAGAACAAAUCCAAGGCUGCAUUAGAGGAAUGGCUGACCACCUAUACCAACGCAAACCCCAAACGCUCCAUGUACCAAUUCUGCCUCAACCGUGAGCGGCCAGGCCAAUUCCAUCUUGUCUUCAAGGCAGGCCAGAACGCGAAACUGAUGGACUGGAGCGUGAGGGUUAUUCCACAAGGAUUCGAAUUGAUGAAGCAACCGUAUCCCACAAUGAGGGACCUGUGCAACGGCUUCAAGCUGAUUUUCCAGAACAUGCAUGAGGCGGCGGCGAUGGGCAGGCCCAUGCGAAGAUAG